AUGUUUAGUAAUCUGUAAAAUCAUGAGAGAAGCUUCAGGUUUCGGUUUUCCAAUGACUCCAAGAUGGGACCUAAAACUUCAUGAGGUUGCUCAAAGUAGUUUCAGACAUGCUAAUCAACUGUUCAGCUGCAUUUCUGAUCAAAGCAAGAAAAGAAGUAAUCUAGAAGUGAGUCUGAUUGCUCAAGAUGCAGUCAAUGAUUUCAAAAAACUACUUACCCUCCUUGAUGGAUCAAUGCAGUCAGAUUGUAAGAGGAUCAAAAGAGGUCCGUUGCCAAAUUCCCACAACAUCAAUCCUGUUGAAUUUUUGGAUUGCUCCGGUUCUGUUUCAAGUAAUGGUUUGGUGCACAGAAAUUCAGUAGUUUCAACUAAUUUGACCAUGGAGAUGCAUCAAUUUUCAUCGGGGUUCCCAAGCAUGUCUUUGUUCAGUAACACUGACAAGAAAAUGAUAAUUCACCAUCCAUCAUCAAUGGUUUCUCAAGGUCAGAACUAUAUGUUCUCUUCCAAGAAUCAAGCAACUAGAAUAUGCUCAGUCUCAACUGGGGGAUGUCGCUGCUCAAAGCAUAGAAAAUUGAGAUUAAAGAAAACUGUUCGAGUUCCUGCCACAGGUGAUAAAUUUGCUGAUUUACCUCUGGAUGACUACUCGUGGCGGAAAUAUGGGCAGAAGCCCAUAAAAGGAUCACCAUAUCCUAGGAGCUAUUAUAAAUGCAGUAGCAUGAAGGGAUGCCCUGCAAGAAAGCACGUGGAGCGGUGUCAGGAAGAUCCAGCCUUAUUAGUUGUGACUUAUGAAGGAGAUCAUAAUCACUCCAGAAUGAGCCAAUACAAGUUGGAGAUGCUGUUUUUUCCAAGCUGAAAUUGAUUCUGCAACUGUAAGGCUUUUGCAUCUAUGUUAACAAUGUUGGUUAUCUAUUAAGGACAAGAAUCCUUUGGUUUCCUCUAGUGAACGUUCCACUUCCUCCCACAUCCUUAUCAAAAACUUGAUGUAACUUUAGUAGAUUUAAUAAUAUGACUUUGUUCUAGUGCUCAUUUUCCUCAAGUCAUUUCCUACUUUUUCUUGUACUGUUUCUUUGUUCAUAAAAAAUCAAAUCCAGG